AUGGGAGAAAGGCCAUGAAACUACCAGAAAACUCUUGCAACUAAUAAACUAUUAUACAUUAUUCUCCAUUCCGGAAUAUCAAAAACUAGAACCCUCUUUCACUUUGAAUCAUUUCUAUAUAUAGCAUUCCGAUCUCAACCGAGUUCCAUCAUGAAGAAGAAUUGAAGCUGGAUUCGUAGACAUUUUCCGUUUGGGUGUUAAGCUUUUCCCAUAGUUUUGCAGGAUGUCCCAACUCAUUCCUAGCCUUUUUGGUGGUCGAAGAACCAAUGUGUUUGAUCCAUUUUCUUUAGACGUAUGGGAUCCUUUGUUCAGUUCCGCAUUGGCUAACAAUGUGCCUUCAUCAGCACGUGAGACUUCAGCCUUUGUUAAUGCAAGGAUCGACUGGAAAGAAACACCCCAAGCUCACGUUAUCAAAGCCGACCUUCCAGGGCUGAAGAAAGAGCAAGUGAAAGUUGAGGUUGAAGAAGGUAGGGUUCUUCAGAUAAGUGGAGAAAGAAGCAAAGAAGAAGAAGAAAAGAAUGAUAAAUGGCAUCGCAUUGAGCGAAGCAGUGGCAAGUUCAUGAGGAGGUUCAGGUUGCCGGAGAAUGCUAUGAUGGAUCAGAUUAAAGCUAGCAUGGAAGAUGGUGUCUUAACUGUGACUGUCCCUAAGAAAGAAGACAAGAAACCUCAGGUCAAGACCAUCGAUAUUUCUGGCUAAAACGUUUCAAA